AUGUCUUCAGGCCGAAAAGUGAGGAAGAAUAAACGAAACAAAGGGCCUUCAAGAAGACAUACUAGAGAUGAGGAGCAUUUAUCAGGAAGCGAAACGCGCUAUUGGCUCAUAAAAUCUGAGCCUCAUAGUCGGAUUGAUGGUCGUACAGGGAGAGAUCUCAAGUUCUCUCUCGAAGAUUUAUCACUCGUAGACUCAGAGCCUUGGGAUGGAGUAAGGAACCAUGAAGCAAAAAGAAACAUGCUUGACAUGUCUCCAGGAGACGUUUGCUUAUUCUAUCAUUCAAAUUGUCCCACACCUGGGAUUGUUGGGUUAGCUGAAGUGGUCUGCUAUGCCCAUCCUGACGAAUCUCAGUUUGACCGUGCCAGUCCGUAUUUCGCUAGCAAGUCAACGAGAUCCAAUCCCCACUGGUGGUGUGUGGAUGUCAAAUUUAAGCGCCGCUUUCGUGCUAAGGUGACACUUCGAAGCUUGAAAGCAGACAAGAAUCUACAACAUAUGGUCCUGGUGCGUCGUUCCAGAUUAAGUGUAACUCCUGUAACCUCGUCUGAAUAUUCUUAUAUCAUUGAACUAGAGAAGAGUUUGCCAGAUACAGACGAUAUUGAUUGCCAACCUAGACUUAAUGUUUCAAAAACCCAUGAAGUAUAA